AUGGCACCAACCAAAAAUCCCAAGGAGCGCCCAGCACCAAGUACCAUCAGAGAUGCUAGCCUGCGCCCUCAUCCAUCAAGAGGUGGAGCUCGUGGAUAUGAUGUUGCUCAAAGAAAUGCUGCUGUGGCAUUGCGUGUAAUGGGAGAGGAAGACACUCCAGCCCUUGAUCAUCUUCGGCAGCUCCAGCAAUAUCCCAGUAAACGGUCUACAAGACGAUGGCACCGUCGAAUCAAUCAAGAAGGACAUCUCCACCCUUACGAAAUGAAUGGCAAUAAUCCAGCAACUGUACUCAAAGGACACCAGCUACUCAUGCUUUCCUUCUACCGGUUGUGCUAUCCAAAGGCAACAGCAGCAGAAAUCAAUGCCUUUCUUUUUGCUUCUACUCUCCCUGGACAGCAGCAGCGAUUCUAUUCGGAAUCUCAAAUCACAGAAGCGGAAGAUUAUCUUGGCCUUUCUCGAAAGAGAGCCUCCACCACCGCCUAUCAGGCUAGCCUCCCAAUCAAUCUUGCCAAGCGACACUCAUUUUGGAACGAUCCGUAUCCCAAUGGAAUUGCUGGAACUAGCCGCAGUACCAUCAUUGAUUGGGAUGAGGCUGGAGUUUGGGUGGAGACAACAAACCGUGGCUAUGGCAAAUGUUUUAUUGGCUCAAGAGCUAGAGAAGAAGGACCAUACAACCACUCACAGAAAUAUACUUUGACAGCUGCAAUUCGUGGUGGCGCUGGUGGUGGCUGUUUUGUGAAUUUUGCUCUUCGGGCUGGCACAUCUGUGAUGGAUACGCAUGACUUUCUUGAAGAGAUUAUCAAUGGCCCUGGUGGUAUUGGUGCUGGAGGCGGCGGGAACACGUGUACUUUCAUUUGCGACAAUCUUGCUGCCCACCACAGCCCUUUGAUUGCUUACCUUCUCAAUAGCAACGGCCAUCGACUUGUCUUUCGAGCUCCCUACAAUCCUUGGGAUGGACCUAUUGAGUACUUUUUCAAUUACAUUCAGCAACAGCUAUCUUUGGAACUCCACAAUGUCACCACAGGCCAGGAGCUAGAACAAGCCAUCUACCAGAUUUGUCAACGGGCCAAUGGAGAGUUUGACAGAUACUUUGCUCACUGCGGGUAUGCCCCCUAA